GCUGAGUUAGAACUUCUAUUAGCAGUUUCGCGUCUUCUCUGGUGUUUCAAGAUAGAAAAUGCGUCACCGUUAGACAAAGAUGGAAAGCCAAUACCGAUUAAUUUAGACAAAGCACGUCUAGGAAUCACUGUUUGGCCUGAAGAGUAUCAUGUUAAAUUAGUUAAAAGGCAUGAUAAUGUUGAAAGAGUUCUGUUUGAUCUAAGUCAAUAA